GGCCGGCUGCAAGGCGGCGGCGGCGGCGACAGGAUGGCUGCGCGGCCCCGGCGGGCAUCCUCGGCAGCCCCAGGCGAAGGCAGGCCGAGCCCGGCGGCCGAAGCCCGGCUGCGCUCCCAGCAUCCCUGCCCCAGCCCGCCCGGCCCGGAGCCCCGCUGCCCAUGGUGCUGAGCCUGCUGCUGUCGGCCUACGAGCUGUGCCGCCUGGCCAUGGGCGAGCCGGGGGGCCCGUCGGGCUGGUGGGCGGAGGGGCUGGGCGGCCCCGACCUCCCGCCCGGGCUGGGCUCGGCCAUCCAGGCGGCGCUGGAGCGGAGCCUGCCCGAGCUGCACCAGGCCGUCUCGGCGGCCAAGCAAGCGGCCGGGCCGGGGGACCUGCAGGCGCGGCUGGGCGCCAUCCUGGCGCUGGUGGAGGAGGCCUGGGGGCUGCCGGCCGUGGGGCGCGAGGUGGCCAAGGGGCUCUGCGACGCGCUGCGCCUGGAGGGCGGCCUCGAUCUGCUGCUCGACCUGCUGCGCGGCGCAGAGCCCGAGAGCCGGAAUCGCGCGGCGCAGCUGCUGGAACAGGUGCUGGUGGCCGAGAACAGGAACCGGGUGGCUCGGAUCGGCCUGGGGGUUGUGCUGAACCUGGCCAAGGAGCGAGAGAGCCUCCCUCUGGCCCGGAGCACCUCGGGCAUCCUGGAGCACAUGUUCAAGCACUCAGAGGAGACCUGCUACCAGCUGAUCGCCAACGGAGGCCUGGACGCCGUCCUCUUCUGGUGCCGCUGGAACGACCCAGUGGUGCUUCGGCAUUGCGCCGCCGCCUUGGCCAACUGCGCCAUGUAUGGCGGGCAGGCCAACCAGCGGCGGAUGGUGGAGAAGAAGGCAGCCGAGUGGCUCUUCCCACUGGCCUUCUCCAAAGAGGACGACCUGGUCCAGUUCCAGGCCUGCCUGGCCAUCGCCGUGCUGGCCACCAACAAGGAGAUCGAGAAGGAGGUAGAGAACUCGGGCACACUGGCCCUGGUGGAGCCCUUCAUCGCCACCCUCGACCCGGGCCGCUUCACCCACAUCUGGCUGGGCAGCAGCGAUAACAGCCAGGGCCGAACAGCGGACGACCUGCAGUGCCUAGUGCCCCUGCUGGACAGCUCCCGCCUGGAAGCCCAGUGCAUCGCCGCCUUCUACCUCUGCGUGGAGGCCAACAUUAAAGCCCGCCAGAAGAAGACCGAGAUCUUUGCAGAGAUCGGGGCCAUCCAGAGCUUGAAAAGGAUCGUCUGUUACUCAGCCAACGGCACCACCUCCAUGCUGGCCAAGCGGGCGCUGUGCACUAUGGGCGAGGAAGUGCCCCGGCGGCUCCUGCCCACAGUGCCCAACUGGAAGACUCCAGAGGUGCAGAAGUGGCUGCAGCAGAUUGGCUUCGCCAAGUACUGUCCCCGCUUCCUGGAGCACCAGGUGGACGGAGACCUGCUCCUGAGGCUGUCGGAAGAAGACUUGCGGACCGACCUGGCCAUGAGCUCCAGCAUCACCCGCAAGCGGUUCUUUCGGGAGCUGACGGAGCUGAAGACCUACGCCAACUACUCCACCUGCGACCGCAGCAACCUGGCCGACUGGCUGGCUGGUGUCGACCCCAAAUUCCGCCAGUACACCUACAACCUGGUCACCUGCAGCAUCGACCGGAACUUCCUCCACCGCGUCACAGAGCAGCAGCUGCAGGACGACUGCUGCAUCGGCCUGAGUUUCCACCGCGUCCGAAUCCUCUCUGCUGCCCGGGAGAUGCUUCACUCACCUCUGCCGUGCAACAGCCGGAAGGCUGCCUUGGAGGGGACGGACGUCUUCAUCAGCUACCGGCGGCGUACCGGAUCUCAGCUGGCCAGCCUCCUGAAGGUCCACCUCCAGCUGCAUGGAUUCAGCGUUUUCCUUGAUGUGGAGAAAUUGGAGGCCGGGAAAUUUGAGGACAAGCUGACCCAGAGUGUGAUGAGUGCCCGAAAUUUCGUGCUGGUCCUCUCCGUCCAGGCCCUGGACCGCUGCAUGGGGGACGUGGCCUGCAAAGACUGGGUGCACAAGGAAAUAGCCACCGCCCUGACCUGCAGGAAAAACAUCAUCCCAGUGACUGACCACUUUGACUGGCCAGACCCGGAAGAGCUUCCGGAGGACAUGAGGGCCAUCCUGAAAUUCAACGGGAUCAAGUGGUCCCACGAGUACCAGGAGGCCACCAUCGAGAAGCUGAUCCGGUUCCUGCAGGGACGCUCCUCCCAGGACUCCUCCGCCGGGUCGGACAGCAGCCUGGAGUGCGGGACCCCCCUGGAGCAGAGCUAGGUCGGAAGGACGGACGGACGGACAGAAGAGGGGGAGCUGCCUGGCCUGCCUUCCUCUGCCCCCCCCCCGGCUGCCUCAGGAUCAGCUCUUGCAUCGCUACCUCUUCUUCCGGGGCCCCCACAGCAGAGGCUGAAGCGAGCGAAGGGACCCCAACAAACCCCCAGACCCCUCCCCCCCACUGAGCUUCCAAACAAUCCUUUUGGGGCCAGAAGGCAAUUAGUGGAUGGUGGAUUCUGCCCUCAAUACUGGAUCUCCCCACUUUGGGGCAGGAGUGGGGAUCUGGGGGACCCCCAGGGGGAAUCGUCCAGGCAUUGGCUGCCAUGAAUGGGGGCCUUGUGAAGCUUGUAGGGACAGGCCCCUCCCUCUGUGGAGAUUCUCAGUUCUCCGGGCCACUCUUGUCCCAAAGGUGCUUUCCCCCCCAAAGCAACUGGACUUUCUUGGUUUUUUUCCUUGAAAACAUUUUGUUUCUCAUCCAAGAAGCUUCUUCAGUUCUUCAGAGUUCCUCCCUCCCUCUUUUUUUCACUCUCUCCUGCAGCUUCUUGGAUGAGGAGCGAAGAGUUUUUAAAGGAAGACACCCCAAGAAAGUCCAGUUGCCUUUUGGAAAAAGCCCCUUUGGGAUGUCUUCCCCCCCCCUUCAGCAGCAAAGCAGGCCUUGCUGGUCUUGGCCCAGCCCUUCCCCCUCCCCUGCCAGUUUGUGCCCCCCUCCAGUGCUGCCUUGCCCCCCCCCCCCGUUUGCAGGGGCUCCCCACUGCUCAGGACCCCACAGAACCCAGCAAGAGGUGGGACAUCCCCAGCUGGAACCUCCCACAGGAGAUGCCCCCUCCUCUGGAAGCAGCCCAAUGGGGCCCGGCCAGGGAGGUGGCUGGUGCUGCCCCUCUUGGCCUAAUCAUAUCCUGGGGGUUCCACAUGAGGCCCCUGAAAUGGAGGUUCAGGCUUCGGUGAGAUCCGUCUAUGGCUGGUGGACCUGCGGAUGGAAGGAGGGCCUGGGAGCCCAGAAGGAGACGAAGGAAGGCCUCGCCCCUCCCCGCCAUGCCUCCUUCCCCCAGCAGCCACCUGUGCUCCCCCCAAGUGGGAGCAGGGGUUUUGCAGCCCCCAGAGGGGACGGCAGCCCCACGUUUCUUUGGAGAUGCUCUGAGGCGGCCCCUGUGCCAUGGCUGGCUUCCUUAGAGUGAAAAGCCACCCACCCAAUUCCUGCAGCUUUGGCUCAAAGAGAGACCCGAGGGGCCACUUGGGGGGGGAAGGCUGAACCCUCAGAGCCCCUGACGCCCCCCCCCCCCUGUGAUGCCACUGCCCGUGCCUCCUGCGCCUCUGCCCCAACCGCCUUCUCCGAUCCCGCCAGGCGCGCAGGGACCGACCCUCUUGAAAAUGUGCCUCACCGCCCAGGAUGCCUCUGAAAGUGGGUGCCAGGGAAGGCUGGCACAGGGGCUUGUGUUCGAGAAGGGGGGCCUUGCCCAGGAUGGCCCCUGCUCUGAUCUCUUCCUUAUACAGAGGGGGAAAAAAGCUUUUAUAAAACUUGCAAAAGGGAAUUGUUGCGAAUGGUCAGUCUGCUCCUUUCCCACCCUCAACAUUCAGGAUCUGGGGGGCAGUUCCAGAAUGACCAGCAGCCCCCGAAUCUGCUGGGCUCUUUCCACCCUGUGGGGCUGGGCUAUGUGACAAGGAGGGUGGGGAGAUGCAAAGAUCUUUUGUGCUACUCCACAAUAUCUGUCACCGAUGUUCUUGGUGCCGUUGGGGGAAUAGGAGCACACAAAAUUCAAUUUAUUUGGGAUACAGAUAAAAAAAAAUGGGCUUGUCAGAGCUUAGGUCACCCAGCGGCCAGAUGAGAAGCUGCUCUCCAAAUGCUCCUCUUCUAUGCCCAGAGGGUGAUGGGAGAACAGGAAACCCGGAAGUCUCACCCUUCCUGCUUCAAAAGCUGAGCCGGAUAUUCUGGUGGUUCAGUUACCAGGCUAGAAACCGGAACGAGGGCUCCUUGGUUCUCCCUGCGCUUGGCGGUUUUCUUGUCCUCGUUGUUUCAUUAUCAAACUAGGCAACAUCAUCACUGCUAGUAGGAAGAGGUAUUUGCUCUGUCACACCCACACAUCCCACUAGCUCUAGUGACAUUCCCUACUUGGGUCAUGAGCCGCUUGCAAGAAAACCACCGAGGUCAGUGAGCACCAAGGAUCCCUCAUUUCAACCCUGAGUUGCAAAAAUUCUCCUUUAUUAGAAACCAGAAGAGCUGAGUUCUAGUUUUGCCUUAGACACCAAGCCAACUGGAGAGGUUUGAGCCAGUCCUCCUCUCAGCUGGAGGAAGGGGGAAAAGAGCAGUCUUGCCAAGAAAUUGUAGGAGCUGCUCCACCAGGUUGCCAAAACUCAACACACAAACCCACCCCUUU